AAUCUGUCUGAAAUGUACACUUCAGAGUUGGGUGGUUCAAAAACAGAAGCCUAUUUAUCAGACUUCAAGAAAAUAGUAAAAAUGUCUAGGACAGAUUAUGGAGCUGUUCUUGGACAGAUGAUAUUCCAAAUAAAUCAGUUUAUUGCAGCGCAAUACCCAGCAGAUUUUGUGUCCCAAAGAAGACGAUCCAUUGCACCUCGUGACUUCAACCCUCCUGAGAUGCAGUGUUGUGCUCUGGAGCCCGCGGUCCGGUUGCAUGCCAACCCCCAACUAAUAUCAUUCUCUGGUAAGGUUCUGAGGGGAACCCAUGAAAUGGAUUAUACCAACUGGAAUUCUGGUGUGAAAAAAGUGUUACAUGAUCCAUCCGGCUCUGACGUCCGAUGUACAAGGCUAAUUCAUGACAGCCUGCUUUUGAAAUGCUGGCCAAUCUCACUCAUGAUACAAUACCUGAUGUUUAACUGUGACAUUUGGAUUCAGCCUAUGGAACUGCUCUGGAAGGUGAUGAACUGCUUGCUUGAUUAA